AUGGCAGCCGUCUCUACAGCUGGCAUUCCUCCAAAUGCGACAGUAUAUGUCAAGAAUUUAGAUGAGCGAAUCAAGGUCGACCAGUUGAAGCAUGCUCUGGAGGAGAUUUUCUCCGAAUAUGGCACCAUUCUAGAGGUCGUCGCAAAGACCAACCUCAAAGCUAAGGGCCAAGCCUUCAUCGUCUUUGACAACGUCGAUUCCGCUACCCGCGCUAUUGAGGAUAUCAAUGGCUUCGACCUCUUCGAGAAGCCUAUGGUGCUGGAUUACGCGAAGACACCCAGUGAUGCCACAGUCCAGCGCGAAGGUGGCAGCGACGAGCUGGAGGCUCACAAGCGGAGACGCUUAGCUGAGAAAGAGCGCAAACAAGCCCAUGAGGCCCUCGAAACACAGAAGAAACUCAAGCGUCCUGCUGCUGCCGUCGAGCCCGCACGCCCAGCCAAGACCACCAAAGGUGCCGGCCUCAAGCCCACCGCUGCUGCUACAACCGCUGUCGUUCCGGACGAGUACCUACCACCCAACAAGAUUCUGUUCUUGCGGGAUCUGCCAGACGAUGCAAGCCAGGAAGGCCUGUCUGCUAUCUUUGGCCGGUUCGAGGGAUUCCAGGAAGUCAGAUUGGUGCCCGGUCGCAAGGGAAUUGCAUUCGUCGAAUACGAGGCCGAGGCUGGAGCAAUCAGCGCGAAGGAAGCUACGUCUGGUAUGCCCAUGGGCGACCAGGGCAAGGCGAUUCGCGUUACCUACCAGCGACAGUAG